AUGGACACUCCCAUUGAUACCGUCAAGGAAGUAAAGAGACAUACGCACACCUACAGCUUCUUCCGAGAGCCGUUGACCGCAUUAGAGGGCUUGAGUUCGUUAAUGACCGCUUUCUGCCUGAAGAGUUUCACGGAUGAUUAUGGGAAUAUCUUGACUUUGUUGGAAACCGUGGUUGAUACUCCUGCUUUGCAAACCUUGAUGCAAUUCUAUGAUCCUGAAAUGAGGUGUUUUACGUUCCAGGAUUACCAGUUGGCUCCGACAUUCAUAAAAGAAGUAUCUGAUAAUUGGAAGUCGAAUGGAGGUGUCUCGGGGUUCUCUUUGAAGUUCUUGGUGAGAAAAGCUAAAGAGGAAUUUGAGAAAAAGAAUUGGAACGCGUACAAUGCAUUGCUUGCUGUGGCUAUUUACGGGAUUGUGAUGUUCCCAAAUGUUCCCAAUUUUGUAGACUCGGCCGCGGUACACAUCUUCAUGGGAAAGAAUCCUAUUCCUACGUUGUUGGCCGAUACUUAUUAUGCCGUUCAUUCCCGAUAUGAGAAACGUGGUGGUGCCAUCACUUGUGGCCUUCAGUUGUUGUUCAUCUGGUUCCUCUCUUUGUUGCCCAGCAAAGGACCUUUUGUGAAGACAAGGGAUACGCUCAAGUGGACACACAGGAUUAUGUCACUUACUUCUUAUGAUAUUCAGUGGCAAAAGUAUCGAAUUAACGUUUCUGAAGUGAUUGUUGGGUGCGGUAAGUUCGAUAAUGUUCCUUUGGUUGGUACUAGAGGUUGCAUCAAUUACAAUCCCGUGGUAUCCUUGCGUCAGUUGGGGUAUACGUUGAAAGACAAGCCGACGGAUCACUUGAUAGCGGAGACAGUCUAUUUUGAGAAGGGGUCGGAUCCAGAAAAGUUGAAGGGGAUAAUUGUGGCUUGGAAGAAGAUCCGUAAGCAUAACGGAGCCCAUUUAGGGAAGAAGGAAUCACUCGCUUUGACACCGUAUGUUGAAUGGAUUGUAAAACGGGUCAGAAAUUUGUUGCUGCCAUAUGAUAGGGUUGCACCACUUCAAAAGCAACCUCCUUUGAUUCUAUCCGAAUUUGUGCCAACAGAACUUUACAAGGAUGCUUUGGUUACCAACUACAGGUUGCAUGAAAGAGAGCAAGAGACCAAUUUGAAGUUCUUUGAAGAGAGAGAUGCAAAGAUGAGGUUGAUGCACCAGCUCAAGCAAGUCGAAGGCGCAAGUUCAAGUCAAGCUAGUACCCGGAGGCGUCCCUAUGAGUUGCUAGAGGAAGAUUUGCACCACAAGCAGCAAGAGUGUCUACAGUUACAGAGAUCAGAGAGUAGUCUCAAGAGGCAGAAGCGGGAUUCAGAUAAACAGCUAGUAGAAGAGAAGGCUAAGACUGCUCGACUUGAAGAAGAACUAAGAAGACUCCGAGCCCAACGGAGAGGAGAUGGAGGAGCUCAUUCUGUUGCCAGGCGAUCCUAG